AUGACUAAUGAUCUGGUGGCUGCUAUCUCCUCUGUUACUUUGAACGCAGGUACUGAAGACUAUUGGCGUUGGAAGGCUACAAAAGAGGGCUCAUUCUCUUCUAAGUCAGCUUAUGGUUUAAUCAAAAGCUCAAGGAUCCCGGGUUCACAAGUGAGCUUAGACAAAGAGACGAUGGAACAAGUGUGGGACACACCGGCCCCACAGAAAGCAAGAUUAGUCACCUGGAGAAUCCUGAGGAAAAGACUCCCAACGUGCGACAACCUUAGAAGAAGGAACAUCCACCUCGGAGAAGAAGAGAGCAUGUGUAAUGCAUGUUGCCAUAAAGCCGAGACUAUUAAUCACUUGUUCCUGGAAUGCCCGAAGACGACGGCGCUCUGGAAUGGUAUUUUGAACUGGCUGGGGAUCAAUGGCCCUUGGCCAAGUGAUGUCGAAGAACACUUCAAAGCUUUCGUCAACAUGGGGAAGUCUAAGAGCCGAAAAUUUCUUGCAGCACUUUGGAUGUGCGUUAUCUGGAUACUGUGGAAGAGCCGGAAUGAUAGCCGAUUCGAGGGGAAACCAUGGGAUAUUCAGAGUGUGUUACGCGAUAUCAAAGUUAGACUGUGGAGUUGGAACAAGAUUUUUAACCUUUCCAAUCACGAGCUCAGUUUUUCCGCUUGGAUGACUGAGAAGAUGGCUAGAGGAAGCAGUGACGGGCACAGUGGUAGACGAGGGCGCGGUGAUGGUAGAGGGCGAUCAUCAUCCACAGGGGCAUCAUCACAGGCGUCUGAUGGGGGCAUUCGUGAUUCAGUUGCCCAGAUACAUUUGGCUGGAGGUAGUGGAUCUGCUCCGACAUCAUCAGAAGAUACCGUGCCCAGCAGCCACUCGAGCACGGGUCGGAUUAUGUUGACCAUUACACCUCAGGGGUAA